GCUCCUCCUCCUUUCCGCCAGUGUCCGGCCGCGGGCCGGCCUUAGUGACUGGGGCGGCGGGCCCCGGGGCCGCGGCGUGGGGCGGCGGGCGGGCGCCGGCCGCGGGCUGCCUUUGUCGGCCCUCGAGCUCUCCUGGAGCAAGCAGCCGCCCGCGAGCCCCCGUGGAGCUUCCUCGCCCGCUGCCGUCGGCGAGCAAGAUGAUGUGCGAGGUGAUGCCGACCAUCAGUGAAGCAGAAGGCCCCCCAGGAGGAAGCGGGAGCCAUGGAUCAAGCUCCCCUUCACAGCCAGAUGCAGAUUCACAUUUUGAACAGUUGAUGGUCUCCAUGCUAGAAGAAAGGGACCGUCUUCUUGACACACUGAGAGAGACUCAAGAAACAUUGGCACUAACCCAGGGGAAAUUACAUGAGGUUGGCCAUGAAAGAGAUUCCUUACAGAGACAGCUCAACACUGCACUUCCACAGGAGUUUGCAGCACUUACUAAAGAACUCAAUGUAUGCAGAGAACAGCUCCUUGAAAGGGAAGAAGAAAUUGCUGAACUGAAAGCAGAAAGGAACAACACCAGGCUGCUGUUAGAGCAUCUGGAGUGCCUUGUCUCUAGGCACGAGCGGUCCCUCAGGAUGACGGUGGUGAAGAGACAAGCUCAGUCUCCAGCAGGCGUGUCCAGCGAAGUUGAGGUGCUUAAAGCACUGAAGUCAUUAUUUGAACACCACAAAGCUCUGGACGAAAAGGUGAGAGAGCGAUUACGAGUAGCACUUGAAAGGUGUAGUUUGUUAGAAGAAGAAUUAGGUGCCACACACAAAGAGUUAAUGAUUCUUAAGGAACAGAAUAAUCAGAAAAAAACACUAACAGAUGGAGUGCUUGAUAUAAACCAUGAACAAGAAAAUACACCCAGUACAAAUGGAAAGAGAUCUUCUGAUGGUUCUUUAAGCCACGAGGAAGACCUUGCUAAGGUAAUCGAGCUCCAGGAAAUCAUCAGUAAGCAGUCACGGGAGCAGGGCCAGAUGAAAGAGCGCCUGGCCGCGCUCUCCAGUCAUGUGACAGAGCUGGAGGAGGAUCUCGACACUGCUCGGAAAGAUCUCAUCAAAUCUGAAGAAAUGAACACAAAACUGCAGCGUGACGUCCGGGAAGCCAUGGCCCAAAAGGAAGACAUGGAAGAAAGAAUCACUACUCUUGAGAAACGCUACCUCGCCGCACAGCGUGAAGCCACAUCUGUGCAUGACCUCAAUGAUAAACUUGAAAACGAAAUUGCAAAUAAAGAUUCUAUACAUCGACAGACUGAAGACAAAAACCGCCAGUUACAGGAACGCCUGGAAUUGGCAGAGCAGAAGCUGCAGCAGACUCUGAGAAAGGCUGAGACCCUCCCCGAGGUGGAGGCGGAGCUGGCCCAGAGGGUCGCAGCUCUUUCCAAGGCUGAAGAGAGACAUGGCAACAUUGAAGAAAGGUUACGACAGAUGGAAGCGCAGUUGGAGGAAAAGAAUCAAGAACUACAGCGGGCAAGGCAGAGAGAAAAAAUGAACGAAGAACAUAACAAACGUUUAUCAGAUACUGUUGACAAGCUGCUUUCAGAAUCUAACGAGAGGCUUCAGCUCCACCUGAAGGAGAGGAUGGCUGCUCUGGAGGACAAGAAUUCUCUAUUACGAGAAGUCGAAAAUGCAAAAAAGCAAUUAGAAGAAACGCAACAUGAUAAGGAUCAGCUUGUCUUAAAUAUUGAAGCAUUGAGGGCUGAACUGGACCAGAUGAGACUGAGAGGUGCUUCACUCCAUCAUGGCCGACCCCACCUGGGCAGUGUCCCCGACUUCAGGUUCCCUGUUGCUGAUGGACAUGCUGAUUCCUACGGCACCAGCGCAGUGUUGCGGCGUUCCCAGAAAGGCCGCCUGGCAGCCCUGAGGGAAGAGCCUUCCAAGGUACAAACUCUGAAUGAACAGGACUGGGAACGUGCCCAGCAAGCUAGUGUCUUGGCAAAUGUAGCACAAGCAUUUGAGAGUGAUGUUGAUGUGUCUGAUGGUGAGGAUGACAGAGACACACUCCUCAGCUCGGUUGACUUGUUGUCACCCAGCGGGCAGGCAGAUGCACAGACAUUAGCCAUGAUGCUUCAGGAGCAGCUGGACGCCAUCAACAAAGAGAUCAGGUUGAUACAAGAAGAAAAGGAAAAUACCGAGCAGCGAGCCGAGGAGAUUGAAAGCAGAGUUGGCAGUGGGAGUUUGGACAGUCUUGGUCGCUUUAGAUCCAUGAGUUCCAUCCCACCCUAUCCUGCCUCCUCACUUGCCGGCUCCUCCCCCCCAGGCAGCGGUCGCUCCACCCCAAGGAGGAUCCCCCACAGCCCGGCCAGGGAAGUGGACAGACUGGGCAUCAUGACUCUAUUGCCAUAUUCCAGAGAAGAGGUACGAGAUGACAAGACUACGAUAAAAUGUGAAACUUCCCCCCCUGCCUCCCCUGGGUCCCUGCGGUUAGACAGACCACAGAAAGGAGCUCUGCACACAGUCAGCCACGAAGACAUCAGGGACCUGAGAAACUCCGCAGGCUCCCAGGACGGUCCCGUGAGCAACCCCAGCAGUAGCAACAGCAGCCAGGACUCGCUGCACAAAGCCCCCAAGAAGAAGGGCAUCAAGUCCUCUAUUGGCCGCUUGUUUGGCAAGAAAGAAAAGGGCCGGCCUGGACCGACUGGCAAAGAAGCAUUAGGGCAAGGUGGUGUUCCAGAGUCAGAUAAUUCAUCUCCAGAUGCCUUGGGACUUAGCAAGUUAGGAGGACAGGCUGAAAAAAAUCGCAAACUUCAAAAAAAGCAUGAAUUGCUUGAGGAAGCCCGUAGACAAGGAUUACCUUUUGCUCAGUGGGAUGGACCAACUGUCGUCGUUUGGCUAGAGCUCUGGGUGGGGAUGCCAGCCUGGUAUGUGGCUGCCUGCCGAGCCAAUGUGAAGAGCGGAGCCAUCAUGUCGGCCCUGUCAGACACAGAGAUUCAGCGGGAGAUUGGCAUCAGCAACCCCCUGCACAGGCUGAAGCUGCGGCUGGCCAUCCAGGAGAUCAUGUCGCUCACCAGCCCAUCUGCCCCACCCACGUCCAGAACGACGCUCGCAUAUGGGGACAUGAACCACGAGUGGAUUGGCAACGAGUGGCUGCCCAGCCUGGGCCUUCCUCAGUACCGCAGCUAUUUCAUGGAGUGCCUUGUUGAUGCUCGGAUGCUGGACCACUUGACAAAGAAGGACCUUCGAGGGCAACUGAAGAUGGUUGAUAGUUUUCACAGAAACAGUUUCCAGUGUGGAAUUAUGUGCCUGCGAAGGUUAAAUUAUGACCGAAAAGAACUGGAAAGAAAAAGAGAAGAAAGUCAGAAUGAAAUAAAAGACGUGCUUGUUUGGAGCAAUGAUCGAGUGAUUCGCUGGAUCCUGUCUGUCGGUCUUAAAGAAUAUGCAAACAAUCUCCUGGAGAGCGGCGUUCACGGUGCACUUUUGGCCUUAGAUGAAACUUUUGAUUUUAGUGCACUAGCGCUGCUGUUACAGAUCCCGACGCAGAACACACAGGCUCGUGCUGUCUUGGAAAGAGAGUUUAAUAACCUUUUGGUCAUGGGGACUGACAGAAGGUUUGAUGAAGAUGAUGAUAAAAGCUUUAGGAGAGCACCUUCGUGGAGAAAAAAAUUUAGACCAAAGGACAUCCGUGGCUUAGCUGCUGGGUCAGCAGAGACUCUCCCUGCAAACUUCCGAGUGACUUCGUCUAUGUCUUCACCCUCUAUGCAGCCAAAGAAGAUGCAGAUGGACGGCAAUGUGUCAGGAACACAGAGGUUGGAUUCUGCUACAGUCAGGACUUACUCCUGCUGAAGCCUCCUGUUGUUUACCCACACUACUUCUACAGAUGAUUAUGCAGCAUUCAAAUCCAACAAAGACUACAUUUUAGAAUUCAGUGGAAUCCUUAAUCUGUUAAUAAUUGUUAUAUGGACCUUGAGAUAUUUUAUUACAGAGUUUUUAAUUAGUGAAAAAUUCAUGAAUACCAUAGAGAAAAUAUUUUAGAAUUUAAUGUUUCUUAUAUUUAUGUAAACUUAUGAAUCUUCAUUUAUAUAGCUACUUACUUUUUCAUGUAUAUCCAGGCUAUAAAUAUCCUUUCAAAUCAAUUCAUGUUCUUAUAUCUAAUUUUAGUCUUUCAAAUGAAUGUACUGUAAUGCUUGUAUGUAUAAAUGCUAUGAAUAAAUAUAGGGCUUUUGUAAAUUAUGCAUUUAUUGUAAUUAUCAUUGUUUAAUUUUUUAAUGAUAAACCAUGACAAAAGAUUUUACUAUGUUUAUAAAAUUAUCAUGACACAAUGUGCAUUAUCUUUUACAAAUGCAGCCUAGCUCUACAACAAUCAUUUUGAAAUAAGCAUACUUAAUUUUAAGCAAUUACUGUUGUAUUUUAAUAACUGACCUUAACUAUACAUUUUCUAGCAAGAAAUACUUUUUUUCUGCAGUGUGAACAGAUUUAAAAUAUCUGGUAUUAAAUAUCAGUUUCUAAUAACAUUUGGACUGAAAGGAUGAUGAGAACACUAUGAAAUGUUAGCACUGGUUAACUCUCUCCUGGCCUCGGCUCUGGACUUGGGUAGCUUGUCUUCAGUGACUGCCAGAAGCUGGGAGCUGGGAGCAGUUUUCUCAGUGGGAAGAAAAGGACUCCGGCUCAGGUAACCUGGGGAGCAGCCCCAGCUGUUGGAACCUUCUUCCUGGCUCUGCGCCUUGUACGCAGGGUGGAAAGGUGCCUGUACUACUCUUCGAGGACCAAUCACCAGCACUGUGCUCUCAACUCACAGGCAUUGGUGCACAGAGCAGAUGGAGGCAGGAGAUCCUGAAAACAGUGUGUGCAACUCUAAUAAAGGCCUUAUUUUUCUUACGUAAAUCAUCUUUUUACAUUUGUUUGUAAACAUGUUUAAAGAAUGGACCUAGUCGUACAUUUUUAGAUUUUGAUGAUAGCCAUUUUGGAUUGUAUAAGUAGCAAAUGUAACUUUUUAAGUGGCAUAUUAAAAAGCCAGCAAGAAAUGGGUCAGAUCAUGGUGCGUUAUUUAUUAUGCAGCUGGUACAGAGACAUCCGUCUUUUUACAUUUUGUCUCUGCUUUUAAUUGUACAAUUCAUUGUUACUGUUCUGUUUUUCUAUUAAUCUUUUGUGAACUUUCUGAUUAUGUAACAAAGUAUGUACAGUCUACUUUUGAACUAUUUUUACCACAGUAUUAUUUAUUACUUUCUUCAAUAAAGUACUGAAGUGUCUCCUACUGCCA